UUGAUAACGGAAAAAUAUAUAAAUACCUAACGAAACUGUUCCUCACAGUGAUAAAAGUUUUAUAAAUUAUAGCAACAUGUCUUACGUGUUCAAAGGAGAUUUAGAUAAUAUAAAUGAGCGGCAAAAAGAAUUUAUUAGUGAAGCGUUAAGAAAACAGAACUACACAGGUACUGAAGUGAGUGUAGAAAAUGUUGGCAAAAAAGGUGACAAUUAUGGCUCUCAAGUCAAAAGAAUCAAAGUACAGUUUGAUAAUGGUAAAGAGUUUAGAAUGAUAGCGAAAAUAAUACCAGACGCUAUGAAAAUGCAAACUCAAAUGAAUGCAACUGAUAUUUUCAUUAAUGAAGCAGUCUUAUUCAAUGAAGUAUUACCAAAGUUUAAGGAGAUGCAAAUAAAGUUUGGUUUACCUGAAGAAGACGUACUCAAAUAUCCAUUAUGUUACGGUACUACGAUGGAAACAAACAGUGAAAUAAUAUUAUUAGAAGAUCUCGUUAUGUCAAAUUUUACCAUGUUGGACAAAGCUAAGACAUUAAAUAAUGAAACAGUAAAACUUGUUCUAAAGGAUGUAGCAAAAUUUCAUGGAAUGUCAUAUGUAUUGAGAUACAAAGAACCACAAAUGUUGGACAAACUUUUAAACUCAUUGUUCAAUCCAAUGUUCGAUCCAAAGAACUUUGAUCAAUCAAAAAUGUUCUUUGAACAAAUCGCAAGAGAGGUGAUAACAAUUUGUGAUAGUAGUAAAUAUAGAAAUAUUAUUGUUGAUAUAAUGCAGAAUUUAACUACACCAUGGAAAAAAAUAAUUGCUAGUGACAAGGGGACGAAGUACAGUAUUAUUCAACAUGGAGAUUUAUGGACUAACAAUAUUAUGUUUCAGAUUCAGAAUAACCAACCAGUAAAGUGCAUAUUUUUAGAUUACCAAAUGUCUCGUGAUAGUCUCCCACCUUCUGAUAUUCAUUACUUCAUAUUUAAUUGCACUGACUAUGAAACAAGAUCCAAGCACUACCAUGAAUGGAUGGAUUAUUAUCAUUCAGAACUGGAAAGAUUUUUAAAUUAUUUCGGUCUUAAAGCGAGCUAUAUUUAUCCAAGAGAUAAGUUUGAUGCCGAUUUGAAGAGAUACGGCAAAGCAUCUUUAGGUACAUCAUUUUUUGUACUAAAUAUCACAUUGAGAGAAACACAGGAGGCAGGAGAUUUGGUAUUUGAAGAUGACGAACAAAUACCAAUGUUUAAAAUGGGAGCAGUUAUGGAGAAAACUAAAGAAGCUAUAAAGAAUCGAAUUGAAGGACUUAUUCAAAGUUCUUUGGAAUUUGGAUAUUUAAAUGAAAAUUUUCCUUCUAUAGAAUCAUCAAAUUAAAUUUUAAUC